AAAAUUACUGUAAAAUUAUUGUACAUAUAACAGUAUUUAAACUGGACUAAUGUCAAUUCCCAUAAAUAGCAUAAAUGAAUUCAACACGUUAAUGUGUUCACUUUAAUUAAUUCACACAAAAAUCUUGAUCAAAUCAGUGAAUUGUGAAUGACAUUUAAGUAUCAUAAUCAUUAUCACUUAUUCAAGCUACAACGACAAAUAAAAUGAAAUGGAUUAGUAAAAUUGCUUAUGGAACGGGUCAAAUGCUUAAAGAUCUUGUUGCAGGAGUUAUCUGUAUAUUCUACAUUAUAUUCUAUGAAGGUUGUAUCAGUUUGAGCAGUUCACAAGUUGGGGCAUUAUUACUGUGUGGUCAGAUUGCCAAUGGAUUAGCCACACCACUGAUUGGUUAUUUAUCAGAUCGUCCACGCAGUUCAACUGAAAAAUGGACAACUGCUAACCAGUCGAUAACGUAUGAAAAUGAAAUUAUAAAAAAGGAUAAGAGGUUGUUUAGUCGAAUGAAACGGCAGUUGAGACUUGGACAGAGAAAAUCAUGGCAUUUAGGUGGAUGUUUAUUGAUGCUUAUUGCUUUUCCGUUGAUGUUUGGACAACCGGAAUAUUUUGUUGGUCUUCCAAUUGUGAUGAAGUUAUUGAUCAAUGGCAUGUUUAUAAUUUGUGUUCAGAUUGGUUGGGCAGCUGUACAAAUUCCUCAUUUAUCAAUUAUCAAUGAUUUGACAGAUCAACAUGAUGAACGAGUAUUACUUGCAUCGUUAAGAUAUUUCUUCAGUGGCAUAGGCGAUAUGGCUACAUUGCUCGUGACGUAUUUAUUUUUUGAAUCAGAAAAAUCCAGUUUGUUACUUUUGAAAUCAGUAAAUGAGACUGACAUCAAUGAGAACAACAGUCAACUGUUCACAAAAUCAUUAUUAACAACUGACAUUAUUGUUGGAAGUGAACGAGUAACAUUGUCCAAUGAUUCGAUAAAUAACCAGUUAACAAACGUUGGAAAACAGUUAGUUGUCCAUUCAGAAUACAACAUAACAAUUCAAGAUUUGCCCAUAUUUCGAAAUGUUGCAUUGAUUGUCGUUGGGAUUGGAGUAUUAUUCACAAUAAUCUUCCAUUGUGGUGUUCGUGAAGGUAAACCGAAAACACACCAACCACUCACAAUAAAAUCUUCUGAAAAUGCAUCAGAUGAAUUGUCACAAGCGAAUGGAACAAGCAACAAUAACGGACUGAUUAAUGGUAAUUCUGUUGUGGUUUCACAGCUCAAAUCCAAACGAAAACGGACCUACAGCCUUUCAUCUACACUUCCCUGGUAUGCUUGGUUUACACUACCAAGAUUCUGGCUGAGCUGUUCUACAUUCAGUAUAAUGCGUCUUAGUGUAACUGUUUCUGUGAUGUAUAUGGGUCCAUUUUUGUUGAAUUCAUUAAAAAUGGAUAAAAGUUCAAUGGUUUCCGCCCCAUUAGUUACCACAAUUUCUUGUUUGAUUACAUCAGUUGGUGUUCAAAGGAUUAAUAAAUUACUCGGGAAUUAUAUUGGCUCAGUCGUCGGUGUUCCAUUUAUCCUCGGAUUUUGUACAAUCGCUUACUUUUUAAAAUCAGCCGAUGAAAACCUCGUAGCAAUCUAUUUUGCUGCAGCCAUCCUAGGCAUUGGAAACACAAUCAAUAAUGUUCGAGCAUUAGUUGUGAUCGCAACAUUGAUUGGUGUAAAACAAGUGCACACAGCAGCAUUUGUUCAUGGGAUCGCAUCAUUUUUUGACAAAAUUUUGACUGGUGUCUUCAUUCAAUGCAUACAACUCUGUGUACCUCAGUUAACCUAUAGACAUAUACAGGUGUAUAUUGUAGGCAGUUUGGCAGUAUUCGGUGGUAUUCUAGCGACAAUUGAUAAUUUCAUUUAUUCAGAGAGUACAGAUGCACCAUGUCUUUCAUGUUUUUAUCGAAGAACAACUUCAUCAUCGAAAUUUCAGAGUGACCGAACCUUUGAUCGUGAUGUUAGGAACGAAAAGGAAAACAACGAUAACUGCAAAUGCUAACCAACAUAUUUAUGUAUCAUUAAUACAAGUCAAAAAUAUUUCCACAUGCAACAAAACGUCUCCAUUUUCUAUCUUUCUACCACUUUUCCGUCUGUCAGUUAAUUGAUGUAUAUUCACCUACUCUUCCCUUCAAAGAAACUCGAUCUAUUAUGAUACAUUUCAACAUGAAAUCCAUACUUUUCUUAAGCGAUCUACUAUCGAAUACUUCAUUCUACUUUUCCACUGAAUAUUUUAUUUUUGUAUACAUCAGGCUGUAGUACUUAGACACUUGAUGUAAAUUAAGAAUAAGGAGUACUCAUAAUAUUUGUUAUUUUAGCGGAAUAUUGUAUUAAUUAUCAUUAGUUAUUCGUAAUUGAUUCUUCGACAGAUGUCUUCUCUGCAAACAAGCAGAAGCUAGAGUGUAGGUAACAUUUUUUAAUAAAACAAGUAGAAAUAAAUUGUCCCAACCAACAUGUAUUAUAACUCUAUUCAUUAACUUCAAAAUUGGUUUACAAUGGCUGAUAAAGAAAUGAAAAUUAUAGAUUGACGAUUAUUUAUUUUGCCCUGAACUCCACAUCAUGAUAACCUAUGACUAGUUUAUGGUUUAUAUUGUGACAAAUUUAAAAGGUGAGAUAAGUAAGUAUUUCCUUCUAAACAGAAGGAAAUCACACGUAAUUAAUUAGAAUCCCAAUAAGUUUAUUGUAGUCAAAUCCGAGACAAAAUUGUAUUGGUAAAUUACGUCAAACGAUACAAGAUUAAGAGAUGCACAAAUUCCGAAAAACAACAUACAGCCAAAUACAGUAUGUAACAAAGUUUUAUUUAUGGUAUUUGGUAGAUAGUACUUCUUUGAUCUUAUUCACAAGAUCUGUGUAUAAAACUUCAUAUUCUUCUCGGCUUUGAAUAUCUCUCAACUUGACAGUGUUACGAGCCAGUUCACUUUCUCCUAGAACAACGGCCAACGGAAUACCAGUUGAUUCACAAUAUUGUAGUUGAUCCAAAAGUUUGGGCUGAUUUUUAUGCGACAUCGUAGCCUGUGAAUUAAGUGUUUCGAAGUAAAAGUAUAAUUAUGUAUUAGGUUUAAUCUAUUGAUGACAGUAAUAAUAGAACAGCAUCGAUACUAUGAGAGGACAAUAGGAAAUUUAAUUUUGGAUGAUGAUUCAAUCAUUCAUGUACAAAUUAUCUUAAGAACUGCAAGAACAAUUGUAUAACUAUUACUUAAGAACUUCACUUUGAAAUAGUGAAAGUAAGUUCAACCGCUAUCCUGUUUGAGUCCACCAGUCAUCAACAUAGAGCCUGACAGAUGUGCGUUGGCUCAAGUUGCUAUACUAUAUCACCACUAUGAGACCAAAUUAACAAGACUUGUAGUAAAAGAGACUGAAGUAAUGUAGUAAUAAUGAUGAUGGAAAAGACUAUGCAUUGAGAAAAGAUAUUAAAGAUACAUAUGAAGGAAUACUGAAGUUCCACAUUGAGAAUAAAAUAAAAAGUGAAUGUCUAUGCGAUAUCAUGAACGGUUAUUAGUUAUGUCGAACAACGCUUCUAGUCACAAGUUCCGGUUAUCUCUCCGGCUUCAAUCACGUAAUCUCCAUCUACCAACGUUGCUCAGACCAAUAAUCAAUGACUUCAUGGACUGAUACGAUGUCCUGGUUUGGCCGGUACUAGCUUUAUUCCAAUCUAAUCCUAUACCAGACAUUUCCUGUCAAGGUUAUCAGUGAGUGGGCGUGCCUAAUACAGAUCAUAACUGUUAUAUUCCAGUGAAGAUUAAAUUAAUGGACUAAUAUUCUAUAAAUAUCCUUAUUGUAUAAUUAUUCAAUAAUUACAUUAUGUGUAUUUAUAUUCCACUUAUUAUAAGCUUUAAUUUGACCCAUAGAUUAUUACUAUACGAUUUAUUAUUCUUGAGUUAUGGCCUGUCUAUUAAUUACGAUCUCCCGCGUUCACAGCCAAUUUUUGGCUUAUUUGUGUACACAUGUUAUUUUCUAUUUUAUGGUACGUUGUGGUCUGUCUGAUUGAUAUAUAAACCAAUUAUGUCUGAAAUAAAUGAUUCCAUUCAUAUCACAG